ACCCUGCUAAUUAUGCCCCUGUCCCUUGCAAAAUUUCUUGCUGGUCAAGCUGCAGCUGCUGCUAGGAGCUCUUUUCUUCGACAAACGAGGCGGUACGGAUCAUCAACAUCAUCAUCAUCGAGUCACUAUCAGAGCACCACCAUAAUGCUUCCAUUGAUGAAACUCGGAACUCUGGCCAUCAGAACAAUUUCAAAGCCCAUUGCUGCUCGCCUCAAAACACAUGCUGCCGUGCACCCCAGGUUUCGUGCCGCCAUCAUCUGGAUGGCCCAGACAAAGUAUCGUUGGGCAACACAAUUGCAAAGACGUGUGCAAUAUGGACGUGCAAUAAAUGUUGCGAUCCGCCCUCUCGAUGAAGCAAAAGCUAUUGCAGCUGCUACAGAUUUUCUCGGAGAACUUGUCAUCUUCACUGUUGCAGGACUUGCUAUUGUGUAUGAGGUGAAUCGGAGCUACAAAUCAGAGGCUAAGAAGGAGGCACAACGCAAGAAAGAAUUAGAGGCACUGAAGCUGAAGGACAGAGAUUUAGAAAAAGAAGUGGAAUCUCUAAGGCUCAAGCUGCAAGAAAUGGAGAAACAAUUACAAAGAAGAAGCAGCUGGCUGGAUUACUUGAGGCUAUCAUUACUAUUCCGACAAGCUGCUGAACAACAAAAGACAGCAUAGUCCUGCCUCUAACUGAUCUUUGAAUCAAUUCACUGCA